CCCCGGCGGCGCGGGGCCGCAGCCUGGCUGAGGGGCUGCCGAGCCAGCCGGGAGCCGCCGGGAGUGCCCCGGAGCAGGGGCUGUGCCGGUGCCCGCGGUUCCCGGGAGGUGGUGCCGACCUGCGAGCGCUACGCGGUGCGGAGGCUGCCCUUCGGCCGGCUGGCGGACGGGGAUGUGGCCUUCUUCGAGCGCCUCAUGCCCGGCAGGGUCGUCACCGGCCAGGAGGCGGUGCGGCCUUACAACGUGGACUGGCUACAGUCGGUGCGAGGCUGCAGCCAACUGGUGUUGAAGCCACAGACGACUGCAGAGGUGUCUCAGGUUCUCAGGUACUGCCAUGAGAGGAACCUGGCAGUGAACCCUCAGGGGGGUAACACGGGCCUUGUUGGGGGCAGUGUUCCUGUCUUUGAUGAGAUCAUUCUCUCCACUGCUCUCAUGAACCGGAUCAUCAGCUUUGACAAGGUGUCUGGAAUCCUAGUGUGCCAAGCAGGCUGUGUGUUGGAGAGACUCAAUGAGUACCUGGAGGAGCAGGGGUUUAUCAUGCCGCUGGACCUGGGAGCCAAAGGCAGCUGUCACAUCGGGGGGAACGUGGCCACCAAUGCCGGAGGCCUGCGGCUCCUGAGAUACGGCUCUCUGCGAGGGACGGUCCUGGGGCUGGAAGUGGUGCUGGCUGAUGGCUCAGCCCUGGACUGCCUGACCUCUCUGCGCAAAGAUAACACGGGCUAUGACCUGAAGCAGCUCUUCAUCGGAUCCGAGGGGACCUUGGGAGUUAUCACUGCUGUCUCCAUACUCUGUCCUCAGAAGCCUAAGGCUGUGAAUGUGGCAUUCCUAGGGUGUCAGAGUUUUGCCAUGGUUCUGGAAACAUUCACAACCUGCAAAGCAAUGCUGGGAGAGAUUCUGUCUGCCUAUGAGUUCAUGGAUGAGAAGUGCAUGGAAUUGGUUGAGAGACAUCUCAAGCUAUCCAGCCCAGUGGCAGACAGCCCUUUUUAUGUUUUGAUUGAAACCUCGGGCUCCAACUCAACUCAUGAUGAAGAAAAAUUGAACAACUUCCUAGAAAAGGCGAUAGCUUCUGGUUUGGUCACUGAUGGAACUAUGGCAACAGACUCUAAGAAAAUAAAGGUGCUGUGGAGCCUGCGGGAGAGGAUCACCGAGGCCCUCACUCACGAGGGUUACGUGUACAAGUACGACAUCUCCCUGCCCGUGGGAAAGCUCUAUGACCUCGUCACUGACAUGAGGGCUCGCCUGGGCCACAGGGCCAGAAACGUGGUGGGCUACGGCCACCUGGGAGAUGGGAACUUGCACUUGAACAUCACGGCGGAGUCCUACAGCCAUUCCCUGCUGGAUGCCAUCGAGCCCUUUGUGUACGAGUGGACUGCGAGGUGCAGUGGGAGCAUCAGUGCAGAGCACGGGCUGGGCUUCAAGAAGAAGCAGUUCAUUCAGUACAGCAAACCACACCAGGCAGUGGUGCUCAUGCAGCGGUUCAAAGCCAUGCUGGACCCCAAAGGGAUCCUCAACCCCUACAAGACGCUGCCCUCAGCUCAUGAGAGGAGCAUGAGCUGAGGAUCCAGCAGAGCUGGGCAGCUCCAGCUCCAUACCUGCCCUUGAGCCAUAAACACACUGGAUCAGCAAGCACACUGUGUUUGAUUUUGUUAGUGGGAUGGAACAAGUAAAGGAAUAUGGUUGCUCUUUUCAGGGGUGCCUCGUCUUGCUGAAGAACACACUACUGGGUUUCCUGCUUAGUCUGAACAUUGAAACCAAACACAGAGAUACUGUGUCUGUACGAGUAUUCCAACUCUCUCUUCUCUUGGGUUUGCUUUGAUUUAUCAGAGACAGCAGCCAGACAAGGCAUUUUCUCACUUGGGCUGGGCAAGUGAAGCAUCAGAGACACAGGAGAACCUGUGGAUGCAAGUCUUCAAGUGAAGGUGUUGCUCUUCCUCACUUGUUUUAUCUAAUGCAUUUCUCCCAAAGCCCACAACAGCAUCUGGCUAUGGCCUCUUUAGUGAUGCCACCUCCAGGCUGUCCCAAAAAAGCAUCAGUGUUGUCCCAUGUACAGGUUUGAAGUGCUGGAAGGACUGGCCAGAGAAGAGAGGGUGCUGGAGACCCAGCUUCUGGAUUUCAUCAACUGGAGGAGAAAUACCAGCAGCCAGGCUUGAGGGAGGGGAUCCCAGCCCUCCUGCCUGCCAGGGGCAGGCUCUAGGCAUGCCAGUAUUUCCUGCUUCCUUGACUUCCACUCUGUUCUUCACAGCAAAUCAUGAUUUACCUUCACAGAGGGGUGUAAAAUUAUCCCUUCCAACCUGGCAGAAUAAUAUCUGGGAAAGCCCAGAGUGAUAAUCUAGAAGGAUGGGACUUGGAGCAACCUGCUGUAGUGGUAGGUGUCCUUGCCCAUAGCAGAGAUGUAGAACAAGAUGGACUUUAAGGACCCUUGCAACCCAAACCACUG